UCUUAUUAACUUCCCCACAACAUUCUUUAUAUUUUCUUAUAAUUCACCCUUCGUCAUUAUCAAAAGUUGCAACUGAGCUAGUUUCAUUUGUUCCUAUCCUUCUAGUCUCUUCAACAACCACCAACCAUUAAAGAAAAAACUCAUUUUGUGUUUUUUACUUCUCUUUCUUUUACUUGUUUCUCAUUGAGUGAGGAAACAAACAAGUGAAACGGAAGUAGCCAUGGGAAGAAAACUUGAUGCUUUACUAGGAAGAAACUUUAAAAUUAGUAAAUUCAAGGCCACUGCAAAUUUAGCCAUUUCCAGGGUUACUGUACUCAAGAACCAACGCCAAGCACGAUGCUCGAUCGCGCGGUCUGAUGUGGUUCAGCUCUUAAACCUUGGUUUCCAUGAAAGAGCUCUUCUAAGGGUUGAGCAAGUGAUGAAGGAACAAAAUAUGUUGGAUGUGUUUGACAUGGUAGAAGGCUAUUGUCUUCUAGCUAUUGAAAGAAUCAACCUUAUUCAACAAGAGAAAAUAUGUCCUGAGGAAUUGAAAGAGGCAAUAUCGAGCUUGAUUUUUGCAGCUUCAAGGUGUGGUGAGUUCCCAGAACUUCAGGAGCUUCGAGCAAUUUUCACGUCAAGAUUUGGGAAAGAAUUUGCAGGUCGUGCUGUUGAGUUAAGAAACAAUUGUGGAGUAAAUCCUAAGAUGAUACAAAAGCUGUCAACAAGGAUGCCUAGCUUAGAACAAAGAACCAAAGUGCUCAAGGAAAUUGCAGCAGAGAAUAACAUUGUUUUGAAAAUUGAGGAAAUAAUUUUGGAAAAUACAGAGGAGGAGGAGGUCAUCGCGAAAAGGAAGGACCAGCCUGAAGAUCACAUACCAGUUUUACCUCAAAAUGUAGACCAUGAAGCUAGGAGAAAAUAUAAAGAUGUAGCAGCUGCAGCUCAAGCAGCUUUUGAGUCUGCUGCUUAUGCAGCAGUAGCUGCAAGAGCAGCUGUGGAACUCUCUCGGUCUGAAUCGCGUGAUCUGGAUGACCCCAAGAGUCCGAGUCAGAAGCCAAGGAAUGUAUCGGACUCUUGUGAGGAUUUGAAAUCUGAGUUUCAUGAAGGAGAGGAAAAGAAUAAUGAGGGAGUUGAGAAAAUCGAGACUAGUCAGAACUAUGGUUUUCAUUCUGAAGUCGACCAAUUCUCUGAUGGAGAUGAGGUGGAAGAACUCAAACAGAGGAAGUUUGAAGAACAGUUCAAGAGAUCAGUCUCUGUUUCAAGUUCUGAUAUUUCAGCAGACGACAUUCUUGUUGAUGAGGUGAAAAGUCCUAGACAUGGUGUAAUUUAUGAUGAAAUAGAUGAAGUUGGAGAGGAAAACAUAAUCCCGUCAUUAAAACGUCCUAAGAAUGAAGUUUUUGGUUCUCCAGUGCACCAAGCAGGAAAUGAGAAGGAGAUUGAAGGAUUCACAAAGCAAGGUGCAGGAAAACUAGACAUAAAUAAGAAGCCAAUAUCAAUGAGAACAAGAAAGAACUUUCACUGGUGAACCAAGAUCCGAUAUAUGUUAACAAAAAGGAGAUUGAAGUAUUCACAAAGCAAGGUACAGAAAACCUAUACAUAAAUAAGAAGCCAAUAUCAGUGAGAACUAGAAAAAAGUAUCACUAGUGACCAAGGAUGAAUAAAUGUUUGCUCAGAUUUUGCCAGUUGGUGCAUAUAUUGUGUACUUAGUCAAUAUAUCAUAGCUACAUAUUUUCUUUAUCUUUGGAGAUUUUGUAAGUUUGCGGAUAUAUUUUGUGCUUUUGUCAAUAUAAUGUAGCUUCAUA